AAAGACGAACACGAUCACAUCGCACGGCGCAAGAGCAGCGCCGAUAGUCUUACCCAACGAACGGCGAUCGGCCGCCAUCGGCCGUGUGACAGAUGUAGGCAGCCUCACGCCACGGAGCUGCGCCUCGGUGGACCAUUAGCCCCAAUACGCCGCAGCGCAUGAUUCAGAUUAGUGAGGUGCGAUCGAUAGAGCAUAGUGUGCGCUGGAGAACCCGUGAGGUCGUGCGGGCAUCUUGCGGUCGCAUUGACGUAUGGGAAAAUCCCGUCCUAUCAAUCCGGUAGAUUGUGUUUAUACCCGUCGUCCGCCGCACGUUGCUUUGUUUGCCUCGCUCGCGUGUGUAUUUCCGUUGCCAAGUGGUGACGCGCACGGCACCGUCAUCACCCUCUAAUAGAGAUCAGCGCCAAAAGCGCAUACGGCAGUCAGCUGAAAAGGCACAACAAAUCAUCGAAUCGAUGUGGAUACUAUUAAAUAUUAGAACAAGACUUAACACAAGCCAAGCAUCGUAGAUUUUCUGGGACGCAUCGCAGUUUAACAUCAAGUUACCAGACAGCACCAUGGUUGUAGGAGUGUGGCAGGUCUGCCUGCCACUUCUUGCGUUGAUGGCAUUGCUGGCGCAGGGGAGCGUCAUUUGUCCACAAGAGUGCUACGAAUGUAGCCCUACAAAGGUAGAAUGUCCGAGGUUUACCCUCGAGGUAAAGUUAAUCAAAACCAGGAAGCACCUGCUUGUGCGCUGCAAAAGUGGGUACAGCUUCACGGACAUGGUGCCGAAUAGUUUAAAGGAUCUGGAUUUUUACGACCAGCUGACAUUAGCGAAAUGUCCCAUUCCCGAGAAUCGCUCGCUAACAGACACGCUCUCUAUGCUGGGCCCUCUCACCCACCUGAAGGAUUUGUACUUCGUGGAAAACUUAGACAGUGCCCCACUGGAACCAGUGCUUUUCGAGGGGCUCGAUUCGUUGGAAAUUCUUUUGCUGAAGAACGUCACCCAGCACCCGAUCGUGGCGUCCGAUCUGUUUAAGCACAUACCACACCUCAAGUGGCUUGAUCUGCGGCUGUACGAUGGAGCGACCCUUCCGGCAGAUUUGCUCCGUCCGCUCCAAGCCUUGACAACGCUCGAGUAUCAGCAGAACGCGCACGUAAAGGAACUAGCGCCCGGCUUUUUCUCCAAUCUACCGCAGCUCAACAAAUUUGUCAUCUACAGCAAUGGGCUGACAAGGCUGGAACGUUUCGUGGGUUUACCUAACCUGAAACAGCUAUCCAUGCGCAGCAACCAAUUGGAACAGCUCCCGGCGGACAUGUUCACCGAGGUGCCCCAGCUAACUGAGCUGGACUUGCGACAAAAUCGUCUCACAUCACUACCCGAUAACCUAUUGGCUGGGCUUACGCAGCUGGAAACGCUCGAUCUGUCCCUCAACGGACUUCUACACCUGCCGGACACGCUACUGAAAGACCAACGCCACCUAAGAUACCUCAACCUGGGCUACAACCGGCUGACCAGCCUGAACGACAAAGUGUUUGAAAAUCUGAAAGCACUUAACACGCUGCACCUCGAAUACAAUCGGCUGCGAAUAAUCGAGAAGAAUGCAUUCAUGGCGCAUGGCCAAACGCUGUCCGAGCUGGACCUGAGCCACAACAACCUUUCCUUCGGCGACAACGUUAUGUACGAAAAUGGUAUAGCCCUGGUGGGUUGGUAUACACCGAUAUUGAACCUGGAAAAGAUCACCAUCCUGAAUCUGUCCCAUAACGCCAUUGGGAAGCUUUUCAAAGGUUUCGACGAUUACAUGGCCGACCUGCACACCGUUGAUCUGUCGCACAACGCCAUCGAGAGCUUGGACUUCGCCCAACUCAGUUUCAGUGCAAACGUUGCAUGGCUUAACCUGGCAAACAAUCGGAUCCGAAGCGUGAAAGUUUCCGACGUGUCCACGAAAAAGUUUCCCAAGCAGAUCAUCCUAAACAACAACCCCAUUCGAUGUGACUGCAAUGUGCACGCGUUGCUGGCAUUCUUGAAGAAAGAACCACGGUUCGUAGUGAACGAGUUGAGGUGCGAUGAACCAACGGUGCUCCAGCGGACGAAGGUGAGCGACGUGCCACCGCUGGCACUGACGUGCGAUUAUACCGAAAGCAGCUGUCCGUCCGAGUGCGACUGCCAGAUCCGACCGGAGGAUCGUGUGCUGCUGGUGGACUGCUCUGCACGCAACCUAACCACGGUGCCGACGCUGCACCCACCGAAGGACAACAAAUACCGUGUCGUUGAUCUGCGGCUGCAGGAUAACCUGCUCGAUGCACUCCCCGACACAACCGCGGUGUCGGCAUGGGAGACGGUGUAUCGACUGAAUGUCAGCAACAACCGGCUGGAUGCACUGGAGACUAGCAAUCUACCGUUCCAGCUGGAGAUGCUCGACGUGAGCGGCAAUCGACUGCGGGCUUUCGGAGACGGAGUCGCGCAGCAGCUGAAGCUUCUGCGAAACGUUCAUCUGAAAGCCAAUCCCUGGGAGUGUGCGUGCGGCGCGGAGCUGCUCAAUUUCGUUCAAGCGAACUCCACUCGCAUCACCGACUUCGAGGCGAUGCAGUGCGAAAGCGGCCAGAACAUCACCAUGAACCUGCAGAACGAACUGUGCGACAACCAGUGGAAAGCGGUUGCUGCGAUCUGCGGGAUCGUGGCGGUGUUCUUUGCCAUUGCGGUGGUGCUUGUAUCGUUCGGUUACCGCUACCAGCACGAGGUGAAGGUGUGGCUGUUCACGCACAACUGGCUCCAGUGGCUGACGAGCGAGGAGGAGCUCGACAAGGACAAGGUGUACGACGCGUUCGUGUCCUACUCGCACAAGGAUGAGGACUUCAUAACCGAGCACCUGGUGCCGAAGCUCGAGAACGCACCGAUGAACUUCCGGGUCUGCUGGCACGUGCGGGACUUUAUGCCGGGCGAGAUGAUAUCCACCCAGAUCACCAAAGCGGUGGAAGAAUCGCGGCGCACCAUCAUCGUGCUUUCCACAAACUAUCUCGAAUCGGUCUGGGGCCAGAUGGAAUUCAAAACCGCCUACCUGCAGUCGAUCGAGGACAAGCGCAACCGGGUGAUAGCCAUCGUCUACGACGACAUCGGCAACGUGGAAGACCUCGACCCGGAGCUGCGCGCGUACCUCCGGACGAACACCUACGUCCGGUGGGGUGACCCAUGGUUCUGGGACAAGCUGCGCUACGCCAUGCCGCAUCCGGGCCGCGUCAAGGGUAGGCAGAUCAACAACAACAUGCGUAUGGCCACGAUGGACAAACUGGAACUGAUCAAAACUCUCCAAAACGGUAGAGCUCCAGCUGGAGAUGGGGACGCUUCCCCGACACAGGAAAGCACUCCACCCAUCGAGCACGUCGUAAAGGAAAUCGAUGGCCCGCUGGCCAAGCUCUACGCAUCGACGCCGGCGACGCCCGUCUUCACGAUCAGCAACACCAAGCUAGACCUACACGCUCCCGAGUGACUCCCUGGCCUGCUUCACACGGAGCGGCACUGCUCGUACCAAGGCGACUGAAUCACAAUGAACAGGAACUUUCAGAAAGCAACGAAACACAAUGAAAAUGUAGGAAAUCUCCGGUACAUCACAGUACCCAACAGGAAAUCUCAGUGCGUACUUUUCCUACUUUUGAAAGGAAUGAUAUACGCAGUUUUAGUCAUAACAGUGCCUUCGCUUAUAUCGCCCCCCUUAGUGUAAUAACAUGUUGUUUUGCAAUGGGUGACCAGAUUAUUAUAUAAGUCCAAUGAUAUGUCAGAACAAAAACGAAAAACAUUUCAAUUGCUUACAAAUACCUUUAAAACUACUCUAGACUUUUGGAUCGUGUUCAACGUACGAUACACGACGCGCUCGCUAAAACUGGUACUCUACAAAACAACACUUCUAUACGGUGCAACCAACAGCUUCCAUUAUUCUGUAGAAAGCCUUUCCUGAUACAUUGAAAAAUAUUCAAAUUCACGAGGUACAAAAGAAAAAACAGCAUUAGAUAAACGCGAAAACCAGAAGCCGCGAAACACUGAGAAAGGCUAGGUUUGCUAAGGUCAACAUGUCUGACCAUGUGAUUGUUACUAUGUUAUUGACCGAUCAGUGGAAUUUGGGCAAUCAGCGUGCCGUUUUAAACCACUUGACGACACUUCUUAAUCCACGCUGCGUCCAUAGAAAUAAAGAGAACAUCCACAUGAUAGUUGAUGCGGAUGGUAAAGGGAUGAUAUACUCAGUUUUAGUCAUGAGAAUAUUAAGAAUGCCUUCGCUUGUGUCGCUACUUCUAUGCAAGAACGUUAUGUUUUGCAAUGGAAGACCAGAAUACGCUAUGUCAUAGGUUAGCUAGCAGAACAAAAUGAAGCAUAUCAAAUACCGCUCUUACUACUCUAGACUAUUAUCACGUGUACAAGAUAUGAAUACAAUACGCUUCUUUUUAUAUUUUCGAUUAUUCUGUUAACCGAACUUCCAUAGAUCUGAUUAACUCAAUCAUAAAAAAAUUAAAUUUAUAAGGCACAGAAGAGAAAACAGUUUAGACACACGCGUUAAACGCGUCAAGCAAUGUCGAGAAAUAAAAGCUUGUCUGUGCAACAAAAUAGUCGGAUACAUUUGUGAUUUAUACAAAGUGUUUGACCCGUCAGCGGUUCUAGCGACACUUUGGCACUCCUUUUUGCCAUUUCGAACCAUUUUACCACAUUUCGCCAUACUUCAUCGUCCAACAAAAAAAAGAGUUAACGCGCGAUUUGUUUACUUUUGCAGUUAGAGUACUUAUAUAAGUUUCUCACAUGAGAGAGAGAGAGCUACCUCCGUACACCCAAGUCCAGAUAAUAAUUAAAAACAAGAAAUAGUCCAGAAAAGUUUGGCAAGGAAUUGUGUACAUUUAUAGAAUUAGAAAAGGGUUAUGGAUCGAGGGAUCGAAUUAUUACUGUUAACUUCUGCUAACAGACGUUAGAUGUUGUUUUGUUAAUGUUGUUUUUCAGAAGGUCAUGGGAACAAAUUUGUUAGACGGAGGAAGGAAACUUGAUGAUGCAUCAGGAAUGAAACGAACUGUUCCGCCAGCAUUUGCAUUGAAAAGAAACGAGGCGCCUACCCUCAGUACAAUAAUACUGGGCGGAUGCAAGUAUGACAACAUCCUGCCAGGCUCAGCAGAGCGAUAGUGCUAUAUUGACCGUUUUAUCGUAUUGACGAAUAAAUAUAGUUAAUAAAUAUAUUUUGAUGU